AUGUCGUUUAGGACUAUCUGCAACGACUUCAGGGACCAAACAUUGUUCGUGAACCAAGAGUACCGUGAGCUUGUCGAGUGGGCAAUCAACAACGGCGCCUUCAUUCAUCCGUCAUGUGAGUUUCACGCUAGUCCAGGCGGUGGUGGUACUGUGUCUGUAAAGAUGGACAGCCAGACAGUAGAACCCAACGCAGUAUUGCUACGCAUGCCUUAUUGUCUAUCUUUAUCCUACUUCAAUGCCAUCACUGCUGGUAUCGAGGGGUCCCACUACGUGCCAAGGAGCAAGCCUUUGCCAGCAGCUUUUCUGCAGUCAACUGCAGACCACGAAACAAUUGGCAACAUAUUUCUUGUGCAACAAUAUCUUCUCGGCAAUGACAGCUUUUGGCACCCAUACAUCCAAGUUCUUCCACAACCAGAUACCUCUUCACAGCCAGCGAUCCCUUUGCUUUGGAACAAAGAAGACACUGUUUGGCUACAGGGAACUCAUCUUGAAGAAGCAACCAAGGAUCGUAGGAAACAUCUAAAGAAUCGCUGGCACGAAGCCAUGAAUGUCCUAAAGCAAGCAGGCUGGGAUAUCUCAGGAUACACAAUCGAACUGUUUAUGUGGGCCGAUUUCUGUUUUACGUCGCGACAAUUCCCGUCUGUCGCAUUGGCAGGAGAUGCAGCUUCCUUGAAACCUGAAUACAAGCCACUUUUUGAGGAUGGCAUCUCUUCUGAUGAUGGACCUCGUAUUCUGUUGCCCCUGCUUGACGGAAUCAACCAUGUUCAGGAAGGACCGUCUGACUGGCAUUAUGACAAAGAAGGCCUUGCCAUAGCCAAGAGUUUCGAGAUGCAGCCAGGGGAAGAGAUAUGCUAUCCAUAUGAUACAGCUGGUCAAAGGCUCAACAACACAGUCCUCUUUCGAGAUUUCGGCUUCAUCAUACCCAACAAUGAGGCCUGUGAAGCCACCUUGACCUUUCCAUUCGACCCAACUAUAGUGAUGCAUCCCUCCCAUAGCGUUUUUAGCCUGGCUUCUACGGUCGAAGAAUGCUACUCCUCUGCCGAAUACGCCUACGUUGCUCUGGUUUCCAUUCGCUCUCCAACAAGGGAUCCUCGUGGGCCUCUUCAACCUAAUCAUGAAGUGCCUGACUUGUCGCACUUCCAUCCGCAGCUUGUAUCCAUGGUGUCAUUCCGUGUAGCGAAUCUCGUCGAACGCGUGGCUCUUCGAGAGAAUCCAACCAAGUUGCCAACAGAACGCCUAAAGAAAGCAACAGUCGAGUAUUUAGUUCGUCACAUACGGGGAAUGCUGCAGACUAUGAAAAAGCAAGGACGCUUACUCAAAACCCCGCAAAAUGAGCAGCAACGACGUGCUUGUGCGUAUCGACAGGAACAAAUAGAGAUAUUAGAAGAUGUCAUGAGAACAUUGAAUACGACUUGA